AUGUUAAUGGUCUACGUCUAUCUCUACACAGACGGCACCUGUAUAAAACAGUGUCCCGAUGGUUACUAUGGUGAUGCCGAUGAGUACGUGUGUGAGCGUUGCCACUGGUCGUGCCGCACCUGUCGCGAUCGCCACAGCACCGACUGCUACAGCUGCCCAGAGCCCCUCCUCUUCCUCCAGCACUCCUGCCUCGACAGCUGUGGAGCAGGUUACUAUGCGAGGAACGGGACGUGCCAGCACUGUGACCACACGUGUGAGGCGUGCUCGGGCUCCGCCACCCACUGCCUCAGCUGCAAGGAUGGCUACUUCCUGCUGGGCGCCCAGUGCGUCUACACCUGCCCCGAGGGAUACUACAAGCACAACGAUCGCCACAGGGACCACACGGACCACACCUGUCAACGAUGCCACCCCAGCUGCAAGACCUGCGCUGACACCGGAGCUCUGGAGUGCACUUCCUGUUUUGAAGGGUUCCAAUUCAGGGGCAGCAAGUUUGGAUUCUGUACCUCACCCUGCCUGACUGGCUACUAUCCUGUCUCUACUCCCCAGGGGGCGAACUGUUCGACGUGUGACCACAGCUGUAUGGAGUGUAAGGGUGCGGGCCCCCACGACUGCACCGAGUGCCACGCGCUGCAGAGGUUGGCCCCUGACGGCCGCUGCCUCCACUGCUGUGGGAAGGACCAGCGCAAGGACGGCUCGCCCAUCCCCCGCGAGUGCUGCCACUGCGGAGACUUUAACGAUGAGUGUGAGCUGGGGGUGAACUUCCGCUUCGUGGCGCCCAAGGACGCGGAGCAGGACUCGAUGUCGAUGGGGGGCCUGGCGGCCACGCUGGUGCUGCUGGCGCUGGGCGUGGGCCUCACGCUCUUCCUCGUCCUGUGGCUGCGCUCCACCGCCCCCCGCGCCCCCAUCGCCUUCCUGCGCGGCUACGAGAAGAUCCCCCCCCAGGAGACGCCCCUCUCCCCAGACUCCAGCAUGAACUUCCGCGACGGGGGCCUGAAGGGGGUCGACGGUGGUGGUGAGGAGGAAGAGGAGGAUGAAGAGGAGGAUGAUAUCGUCUACAUGGGACAGGACGGCACCAUGUACCGCAAGUGCAAGUACGGCCUGUUGGACGAGCAUGAGGAGGAGGAGCCGGAGAUGGAGUAUGACUACGAGACCUGCACCCUGAUGGGCAGCAGCCCAAACCCAAACAAAAACACGGAGAUCAACCAACAGGCACUGUUGAACACGGAGAUUAAUGAACAGACACUGUUGAACACCGAGAUUGAUGAACAAACACUGUUGAACACCGAGAGUGAUGAACAAACACCAUUGAACACACAAUGAACGCCUUUUUUUUAAACUUUUUUUGUUUGUUUGUUCAUGUAUCAUAAUUGCAGAAUAAAUGCCAAUGGGCCCAUAACUUGAAGUUCGCAAAUAUCCUGAAAUUGAUAAUGUAUUAUUUAGUACACAGACCUCUUGUCAUUGUGGGAGUUCUGGUUUUCACCCACAGAGGGAGCUGUUCUUCCACUGUUUGCAGUCCCUUGAGUAGAUGUUUACGCAUUGAAAUGACUUGUUGGCUGCCUUUUGUGACUGGUUUGCUUUAAAUUGCUUUUAAAUAUUUUUUUGCCGUAUACACACUUUUCAACUUAAUUAAAAUUACACACAAAAACCACAACGUUCACCUAAAAGAAUAAUCUGUACUCAAAAGCACUGAUGUUUACAAUGAAAAUAGGGGUGCUGUGGAGGAAGCAAUUUUAUGUUCUUAAUUUCAUGUUAUUUCUUAUUAUGCAAAUCACGUGUAGAAGAUGAUAACAUUUUUUAAAGAAUUUGUACUUCUUUUGGUAGUAAUGUAAAUUUCAAAUUCGUGUUAUUUAAAUAAUUUGCAACCACAGGGUACUGGACUGGUAUUUCAAAAAAAGUUAGUUAGUUCCAUGAAUUUGAUUGAUCAAAGUGUCACAGGGUAAUGGGAAUACGACCCCACCAAAGAUGCAAAAUGGUGCGUUUGGUACUUCUGUGAUAACGUGACUUGGCAAUUUCAAGACACACAUCCCUCUGGAAGACCUCAGAAUUGUUUUUAGACUGUGCAGAGUUUGUUAGAUCUAUUUUGUGACCCAUUCUCCCAAGCUGCCUUAUAAUUAUGCACACCUGAUAUUGGGUGUUGGGGGUCCUUAGAUCACACCCUCCCUGCGCAUGGCUUGGAAUGCUUAAAUCCAAUAGAUUUUCAUGUUCAUAAAGGUUGUUGUUCCAAAAUAUGCAUA